AAUUUUGAAUUUGAAAAAUAAAAGCUGACGCUAGCUUUGGCCUGACGCUUGUUUGAGAUAUUUGUAAAUAGAAAAUCAUAGUGUUUAAAUUUCUUCAUUUUUUUAUAAUAAUAUUGUGAUCAAAAAAUUUGUGAAUGAAGAAUUAGAUGAUGAAGAACAAGAUUAGGGACAUACUUUCUAAUGUUCAGGAAGGUCCAGUAAACCAUCAAAAAUAUAUCAGAUUACUCAAAGGAAUUUAUGAAACAGCUGACUUCAAUGAGUUUUUGGAAUAUAUCCUCAAUUGUAUACAGUAUGUUUUACAAAAGGACCAUAAAAGUCCCACUGUUAGGUCUUUCUUAGAUUUUAUAGCAAAAUUUAUUGGACAUAUUAGCAAAUCACCAAGCAAAAAUAAUGAAGAUUUUGAGUUUGAAACCCCAACAGAUCCCUUUUUAUCUAGAACUAUUGAAGUGGUUCUUGACUAUCAUAAAAUUGAGAAUCAAGAUUGUAGAUACAACACGUGUUGUUUCAUAUCUACAUUGUUACAAAAUAUGGAUAAAACUACAAAUUUAGAUGACGAAUUGUGUGAUUUAAUUGAGUCCGCUAUGUUAGAAAAUACAAAAGACCCUAAACCUAUUAUUAGGUUACAAGCAUUAAUUGCGUUAGUAAGGUUGCAAGAUCCUAUGAAUCCUGAGUGUCCUGUAAUACAGUCUUUUAUGUCAUGCCUUAAAGACCCAAGUCAUAUAGUUCGUAGAGAGGCAGUAAAAAGAAUUGCACCGAAUGCUGUGACUAUUCCAAAACUUAAAGAUCGUACAAGAGACGUUAACGCUAAUGUUAGGUGUGCAGCUUUUAUUCACUGUGGCGACUUAGGUUUGCCCUUAUUUAGAAUCAUUCAAAGGCAACAUAUUCUUUGGAGCGGAUUUAAUGAACAGAAUUCAGUUGUAAUGAAGGUCUUUUUGAAUUAUUUCUUACCAAAAUGGUUAUCUUCAGUCAAGGGUGACUACAUGACCUUUUUUAAUGCUAUACGCUUGGAUUCAGAUGAAACGGAUGUUUCUGAGACUAGACAAUUGAGUAAGAAUCUAAUUGAAGUAUUUGCAAAGACAGAACCCAUCAAUAACUUGAUUGGAGUUCUUCCAUUGAACGAUAAGAAAUUAUUACCUGUUGAAAAAGUUGAAUGUGAACUAGUGCACUACUGGGACGUGUUGACAAAUUAUCUGAGAAAAGUAGAUGACCUGGAGGAAUUUCUAGAAGACAUUAUUCCAGAAUUAACAGCUUUUUGUAAUUAUAUUGAGGAUCUGGUUAAAAUAAAGACAUCGAAGGGCAUGAACGACACAGAAUAUAUGAACUUUGAAAGCAUGCUGUAUUAUUUGUUAGAUAUGGCAGAACAUUUUGAUCUUUCUGACGAAGUUGGCAGAAGAACUUUGGAUAUAUUGACAAGGAAGCUUCUUAGUGAUCAUUGGUUGCAAAAAUCGUUACUUACAAAAAUUAUACAGAUAAGGAGAAAAAUGUGCAGUGAUGUGAAUGCAUUUGCAAAAGAUAUAUCAAAUGUUAUCAGUGAAAAACGAAACCCAAUUGUUGAAGCACCAAAAAAAGAAGAUAAUAGCAAACAAUUGUGGAUAUCUAAAUUAAAAGUGGAGCUUCUAUGUUUGAAAUCUGACUUGGAUACUGCUGUAUCAGAUAGCGAUUUCCAAAAAGCAGCGAUGUUAAAAGACAAGAUCACCGAGCUCAAUAAAAAAUUGGAGUCGCUAAAUUCGGAGAACAGCACUGAUGUGAUCAGAUCGAACGAGCCUAGAACAGAUCAGAAAACUGUAACUUGGUGUUUGGACCUUUUGGUAUGUUUGUUGGGUCAAGGAAGUUUUACAAACUUGCCACCGCCAUUAAUUACGCUAAGGGAGGACUUUGUGAAGCCAUUGAUUGCCCACACCGACCUAGAAAUUCAAUGGCGAGCGUUUAGGUGCCUCGCAUCGUUUUGUAUAUUUGACGAGGAUCUGACCAAAGAACACAUCAAAUCAAUUCUAGCACCGAUUAUUUCCUAUCAGGUAACGCCCAAUUACAUUAAAGAGAACGUAGUGUCCUCUAUACAGGCUAUUUCGGACUUGUUACGAACGUACGGACCGAAAAUAUUUGAUUUUGACGUGGAGCAAUCGAAUAGUACCAGACGUCGGUUGUACGACCAAGAAUCUGAGGACGUUCAAGAUGCCACCAACCAGAUAUCCCUGGACAUCCUGCUCAAUUUUAUUCUGGAUAUGCUUGACGACGAGAUGGAGGAAUUACGGGACGCCGCUGUUAUGGCGUAUUCCAAACUAAUACUUAACGGAUUUUAUGUGACACCUACUGUUAUGACGAGAUUAAUUUUGAAAUGGUACAAUCCAGCAACAGGAGUAUCGAAAGCUGCACCUGAAGGGGAUAGAAAGACAAUUAACAUAAAAUCUGAACGUAUACUACAACAAAAAUUGGGUACAAUUAUCAGUGUGUUUGUGGAAAGAAUUAAGGAAGCCCGGGGCAUUAUAGCUAAGUGUAUAGUACCAGUUAUCACAACCAUAGCAAGUGCUCCGAAGUCUAGUCCUCUGGUUGAAGUCGAUAUUGACAACGUCGUCAGGUUUUUAGCUACCAUAACUCAAGAUGGAUCAGAUUCUGUAAAUUUGGUCCACAAAGAACUGGUGCCUAUAAUUCUAAACCAUAUCAAUCUAAAUCCUGAUGAAGUUGCUGUACCAUACCUAUCAAGACUGUUGUGCAAUUUAAGUAUAGACUCUGCAGAUAUGGUUGUAGUAAGAGAAUUAAUAGACCAAGCUGACCUGUUACAUAAAAAGGAGGAUUUGGACAAGACUUCAAAAAAUAACAUUUAUAAAUUCAUUAACAAACUUAGAGGCAUCACCACCACAAACACAACUUUAGCAACUGUAUCGGAAGAAACUUCUAUAGAUUCUAAUGUACUUCAUAAUAUAACGUAUGCAGAAAGUCAACCUAGAGGCAUUACCACCACAAACACAACUUUAGCAACCAUAUCGGAAGAAACCCCCACGGAAUUUAAUGAACUUAAUGAUAUAACUUGUGCAGAAAAACAACCUAGUUUUAGAAAUGAGAUGGUAAUUCCACUGGUCGAUUGUAUAAUAUAUGAUUCAAAUAUCAUUUCAAAUGAUUUACCCACAGUUAGUAAAUCUACAGAACUAAGUUCCAACAAACGAAAGUCAAAAAGUACGAGAGAACUUGAAACGAGACAUGAUAGUAGUAGUUCAAGUUCCCCCGUUCUAAGAGAGCCCACAAAUCAGGGAGUUGAUUCAGAAAAGUCACCUACAAUCACCAGCAAGAGUUCAAAUAAAUCACCCACAGUUAGUAAAUCUACAGAACUAAGUUCCAACAAAGGAAAACAAAGAAAAAAUACGAGAGCACUUGAAACGAGAAAUGAUAGUAGUAUUUCAAGUUCCCCUGAUCUAAGAGAGCCCACAAAUCAGGGAAUUGAUUCACCUACAAUCACUAACAAAAGUUCAAAUGAAUCAUCCACAGUUAAUAAAACUACAAAACUAACUACCAGCAAAAGACGGCGAGAGAUUACCAAAAAGGGCGAUUUAAUAAGUGACAGUACUAGUUCAAGUUCUCAGGAGGAGGGUAAGGCCAAAAAUCAACAUGUCGAUCUUAGUUCAAAUAAGUUACCUACAACCAACCACAGUAAGUCAAGUGAAUCAUCCACAGUUACUAAACCUACAGAAGUAACUAGUAACAAAAGAAGGCGAAAGAUAAAUAAAGCGGUUGAUAUGAUAUACUACAGUAGUAGUUCACGUUCUCAGGAGAUGGGCAAGGCCAAAAAUCAAGAGGUGGAUCUUAGUUCAAAUGAGUUACCUACAACCAACCACAGUAAUUCAAGUGAAUCAUCCACAGUUACUAAACCUACACAAGUAACUACUAACAAAAGAAGGCGAAAGAUUAAUAAAGCGUUUGAUAUGAUAUAUGACAGCAGUAGCUCAAGUUCUCCAGUCCUAAGAAAAGCCAAAAAUAAGAGAGUUGAUUCUAGUUCAGAUGAAUCAUACCCAAUCACACGCAAUAGUUCAAAGGAAUCAUUAACUACUAUAAAGCUAACUACUAACAAAAGAAAUCCAAAUUUUUCUAAAGCGGUUGAUAUGAUAAAUAAAAGUAGUAGUUCAAUUUUCCCAGUGCCAAGAAAGGCGAAAAAUCAACGAGUUACAAAUGGGGGAGUUUUUAGAACUAAUCGUGCUCAGAAUGGUAAUGAAUCCUCGUCAGAAAAUUCAAAUAUUUUGCUAAGUAAACAGAAUGGGUUGCAGAGAAAGAAAAAAAUAGAUCUGAGGACAAAGAAAGCUGUAACAGUUAACAGUACUAAGUUUGAGAAAACACCACAAGUAAAGAGGAAAAAAAAUAGAGAAAGAACGGUAGUAGAAGAUGUAGAUGUAGAAAGCUUCUCGGAUUCGUCAGAUCAAACUCUACACACCAUUAUAGAAGCGUCAGAACCUGAGAUGAGUUUACUUGAAGACUCUCAACAAAGCGUUAGAAGAAGUUCUCGAAGAAUAAAAGUUAUUACUACCUUAUCAGAUUCAGA